GUGAAAAGGAUCAUGUGGUCUAAAUGCGUGAAACCUGAGCUUCCCUGGCACGGUAAGGCUGCCAGCACUAUGAGAAGGUAUUUUAGGAAGACGUCACCAGUUAAGACAGCCGUGCACACUGAAGAGGAGCCUCACAUCAGAGCCACCCAGGCAGACUGGAAUGAGGGAAAACCCAGCCAGUCACAGGCCAAACACCAUGAGGCACCCGUCUGGGCCCAAAGAGCCAAGGAGCAAAUGAAAAGUGCAUUGAAGCCCCUGGAAUCUCCAGCUAAUAAGGAGCCAACCUUAACAACUGCACCACAAACACCAGAGUAGCAACAGGGCAGGAUGGUUUAAUGUACUUGAGAACCAACCCAGGACAAAGUCAGCCCGGCAGAGUGUGAGGGCCCGACAUAUGACACUAGAUGACAUCAGUCUAUUUUAUUUUCUUGAGAAUCUACACGCUCAGCAAGUUGAAACAAUUGAGGAUAUUGUGACCUGCUUAAUAGGCGAAAUCUACUACGAUAAGACAGGUACCCAACCAGACACCCCCAUUCCUGGCCUGAGUGAAACAGCUUUGGACCUCAUUGAUAAUGUGGUUGAUGAGCUAAAGAACACCCCAAGUGACCUGUUUGGUUUACAUACCGAUGAGCCUCUGGUCCUCCCAUCUAGUUAUAAACGUCAGGUGGCCAAGAGUGUUCACAAAGAAUUGCUUUCCUGCACUGGUUCCCAAGAAAGCUUAUGGAAGGCUGUAUCCUCAGGCCACAUGGUGAAAGAGAUUGCCAGCUCAAUCUCUCUGGAGGUGUCCAAAGUAACCAGCAAGAUUGGGGCUAUCUAUCACACCAAUAGUGUCAAUCACACUGAUAGUCCAAUCUCACCCGGCCCCAGAACGGACACAAAUGUUUCUUGGGUGUCCUGUGCAGCCUCAGACAUCUCUGAAGAUCUUGUCCUCAGAAUCCUAGACUUCAUAUCAUACUGUCGGUCACCAGACAGCACCUGGAAUGGGCCACAGAGCCGAUGCUCCACUGACAUGACCGGAGAUCUCAUGGAUGCAGUCAUGGUGGAGCUCUUCACUAACACAGCCAUGCUGACGACUCCAGAAGAUGACCACCAGCAACAAUGGUGCAAACCCUCCCUUACAGAUCUGGAGAAAGCUGCCAGAUUAGUGUAUGAGAAGAUGGUGAGGGAAACUGGCUCAGCUGAGGCAUUGCAAGACGCUCUCAAGCUCAGAAGGAAGCUUGCAGUCACAGCACUGGCUGAUGUAGUGGCAAAGCAAGUGUACAAGCUCUUCCCAGAACAGGAGUCAGACUCCACAUAUCUCCCAGCCCAAACCAGCCACAAAGAUGACUGCCCUGUUACGAGCCACAGUAACAGACAGCUCACACCUGAGCUUGCUGCUGUUCAAUCUGCCAGUGAGUGCAUAGUGAACUGCAAGGCUGUGUGGGAGAUCAUCUCCAGACUGCUGCAGGAGAUUUCUCCUAACGUGCCCAUGGAAGAGAAGCGCCACCUUUAUGCUCAGGAUCUUUUUCAUUGUGCUAUAAAUCAACUGUCUGAGUCUCCAGGGGUAAGAGUAUGUGCUGAUGAGACUAUCUGUGAUGUCUGCCGCCAUCCACAGGUCAUUGAGUAAAUCCGCGGCCGUGUUCUGGAGUGCCUGCAAUUUCAGAUGAACCUCAUGGGCUACAACUUAAGCUCUGCCCUGGAUGCCCAAGAUGAGGCUCUCAGCUACUUCAUUGUUGCUCAUCUUGUGCAAGAGACUCUGCUGUUGAUCUCAAGUCAAACCAAUGGCAGCUCCCCUGAAGUAGACUCAGGUUCCCACCAUCAACCUGAGAGUCAAACACCACUAUAUGUAGUGAGUAGCAAAGUAAAUUAUGAAGAAUGGCCCACGUGGCAUUCAAACAUCACUUUAUCAAAGGGCCUUUCCACCAUUUCUGCAACCAAGGGCUUGUCACCAAGGGCUUGCCUUUCCACUGUUUCUGCAACAAAGGGCCUAUCACAGAUGCCAGGUCAAACAUACACUGGCAGAAGGGGGCCCACAGUCCUGAGUGUGAAAAUAAAAAAGGUACAGUAGGUGCUUAUGCAGUAACAGAUUGGAAAUCCCCCAAACUCAGGCAAAUUCAAAUAUCAAUUUUAAUGUUUGACUUAAAAUGUCAUACACAUUAUUUUAUGCAGUUUUGUAGACAUUCUUUCACAGCUGAAGGAUUUAACCAUGCAUUUAUAUGUCAAUACAGCACUCACACAGAGGAAUUCAUAUCACACCGUCAGAAAGGAUAAUUCGGUUGAAGGAAAUGCAGAGGGAGUCAUCUUCUGAGGUCUCAUCAGGUUUGAACCAUGCAUUUGCGUUCAACAAGUGUACCUCUACUUCUUAAGGAAUUAUACUCUGGUAAAUUGUUGUGGAAAGUCCGUGUUGCCCAGCGACAGCCCCAAAACAUCACUGCUCUAGAGGAGAUCUGCAUGGAGGAAUGGGACAAAAUACCAGCAACAGUGUGUGAAAACCUUGUGAAGACUUACAGAAAACGUUUGACCUGUGUCAUUGCCAACAAAGGGUAUAUAACAAAGUAUUGAGAAACUUUUGUUAUUGACCAAAUACUUAUUUUCCACCAUAAUUUGCAAAUAAAUUCAUUAAAAAUCCUACACUGUGAUUUUCUGGACACGUCUGGCACUGCAGGAUUUGAGUCCCUGGCGGCGUAGUGUGUUACAGAUGGUAGGCUUUGUUACUUUGGUCCCAGCUCUCUGCAGGUCAUUCACUAGGUCCCCCCGUGUGGUUCUGGGAUUUUUGCUCACCGUUCUUGUGAUCAUUUUGACCCCACGGGGUGAGAUCUUGCGUGGAGCCCCAGAUCGAGGGAGAUUAUCAGUGGUCUUGUAUGUCUUCCAUUUCCUAAUAAUUGCUUCCACAGUUGAUUUCUUCAAACCAAGCUGCUUACCUAUUGCAGAUUCAGUCUUCCCAGCCUGGUGCAGGUCUACAAUUUUGUUUCUGGUGUCCUUUGACAGCUCUUUGGUCUUGGCCAUAGUGGAGUUUGGAGUGUGACUGUUUGAGGUUGUGGACAGGUGUCUUUUAUACUGAUAACAAGUUCAAACAGGUGCCAUUAAUACAGGUAACGAGUGGAGGACAGAGGAGCCUCUUAAAGAAGAAGUUACAGGUCUGUGAGAGCCAGAAAUCUUGCUUGUUUGUAGGUGACCAAAUACUUAUUUUCCACCAUAAUUUGCAAAUAAAUUCAUUAAAAAUCCUACAAUGUGAUUUUCCGGAAUUUUUUUCCUCAAUUUGUCUGUCAUAGUUGACGUGUACCUAUGAUGAAAAUUACAGGCCUCUCUCAUCUUUUUAAGUGGGAGAACUUGCACAAUUGGUGGCUGACUAAAUACUUUUUUCCCCCAUUGUAUUUCUGUACUUAACAUUUGCUAAAAGAAUUCUAAACAUGUUUUCACUUUGUCAUUACGGGGUAUUGUGUGUAGAUGCGUGAGGGAAAAAAAACUAUUUAAUCAAUUUCGAAUUCAGGUUGUAACACACCAAAAUGUGAAAUAAGUCAAGGGGUAUGAAUACUUUCGGAAGGCACUGUAUAUUUUUAAAUGCUAUAAAAGGAAGAGCAAUUAGUGUGACAGAAAAAAUUAUACUUAUUUUCUUAGUAGUACAGUAGCUGCCACUCAAAUUUGAUAUAUUUUUAUAUAAUUAUUACGAGAUUGUCAUGUUCGUUUAAGGACGGGUCAAACCAAGGCGCAGCGUGAAAUGCAUACAUGUUUAUUUCAAUGAUAAACACACAACCAAAACAACAUAACGUGAAGUCCUCAGGCUAAACGCAACACAAGCCUCUAAACGGAACAAGAUCCCACAACUAAUGAGUGCCAACAGGCUACUUAAGUAUGAUCAGCGACAGCUGCCUCUGAUUGGGAAUCACACCCGGCCAAACAUAGAAACACACAACAUAGAAUGCAAACAUAGAAAUACUAACAUACAGUGGGGGAGAACAAGUAUUUGAUACACUGUCGAUUUUGCAGGUUUUCCUACUUACAAAGCAUGUAGAGGUCUGUCAUUUUUAUAAUAGGUACACUUCAACUGUGAGAGACAGAAUCUAAAACAAAAAUCCAGAAAAUCACAUAGUAUGAUUUUUAAGUAAUUAAUUUGCAUUUUAUUGCAUGACAUAAGUAUUUGAUCACCUACCAACCAGUAAGACUUCCGGCUCUCACAGACCUGUUAGUUUUUCUUUAAGAAGCCCUCCUGUUCGCCACUCAUUACCUGUAUUAACUGCACCUGUUUGAACUCGUUACCUGUAUAAAAGACACCUGUCCACACACUCAAUCAAACAGACUCCAACCUCUCCACAAUGACCAAAGACCAGAGAGCUGUGUAAGGACAUCAGGGAUAAAAUUGUAGACCUGCACAAGGCUGGGAUGGGCUACAGUCCCAAAGGUGCGGACUCCGACCGCACAAACCUUACAUAACAGGGUAGGGUCCGGGUGGCCAUUCCGCCUCGGAGGCGGAUCCGGCUCCGGGCGUGAUGACCACAUUCUCUCAGCCUCCCCGUUGCGCCCCUGGUCUGGUCUGGACCUCUGCGCGCUGCUUCCCCUCUCCUUCCUCCCACGAUGUACCAAGCCCUGUCUGGACCCUGGUAUGGGAGACCCCGAACCUGGAGAGGGGCUGACGUCUGGGUCUGGACUGGAGCCGCUGACCAGAGCUGGACUUGGCACCGGUGGAGCGGACUGCUCUGGCUCCGGAGUGGAGCUGCUGACCGGAGCUGAACUUGGCACCGGUGGAGCGGACUGCUCUAGCUCCGGAGUGGAGCAGCUGACCGGAGCUGGACUAGACCCCGGUGGAGCGGACUGCUCUGGCUCCGGAGUGGAGCAGCUGACCGGAGUUGGAUCAGGCACCGGUGGAGCGGACUGCUCUGGCUCCGGAGUGGAGCCGCUGACCGGAGCUGGACUAGGUACCGGUGGAGCGGACUACUCUAGCUCCGGAGUGGAGCAGCUGACCGGAGCUGGACUGGUCCCCAGUGGAGCGGACUGCUCUGGCUCCGGAGUGGAGCAGCUGACCGGAGCUGGAUCAGGCACCGGUGGAGCGGACUGCUCUGGCUCCGGAGUGGAGCAGCUGACCGUUGCCGGACCAGGCACCGGUGGAACAGGCACGCACUGGUUACUUCUGGAGGUGUCCAAAGUAACCAGCAAGAUUGGGGCUAUCUAUCACACCAAUAGUGUCAAUCACACUGAUAGUCCAAUCUCACCCGGCCCCAGAACGGACACGAAUGUUUCUUGGGUGUCCUGUGCAGCCUCAGACAUCUCUGAAGAUCUUGUCCUCAGAAUCCUAGACUUCAUAUCAUACUGUCGGUCACCAGACAGCACCUGGAAUGGGCCACAGAGCCGAUGCUCCACUGACAUGACCGGAGAUCUCAUGGAUGCAGUCAUGGUGGAGCUCUUCACUAACACAGCCAUGCUGGCGACUCCAGAAGAUGACCACCAGCAACAAUGGUGCAAACCCUCCCUUACAGAUCUGGAGAAAGCUGCCAGAUUAGUGUAUGAGAAGAUGGUGAGGGAAACUGGCUCAGCUGAGGCAUUGCAAGACGCUCUCAAGCUCAGAAGGAAGCUUGCAGUCACAGCACUGGCUGAUGUAGUGGCAAAGCAAGUGUACAAGCUCUUCCCAGAACAGGAGUCAGACUCCACAUAUCUCCCAGCCCAAACCAGCCACAAAGAUGACUGCCCUGUUACGAGCCACAGUAACAGACAGCUCACACCUGAGCUUGCUGCUGUUCAAUCUGCCAGUGAGUGCAUAGUGAACUGCAAGGCUGUGUGGGAGAUCAUCUCCAGACUGCUGCAGGAGAUUUCUCCUAACGUGCCCAUGGAAGAGAAGCGCCACCUUUAUGCUCAGGAUCUUUUUCAUUGUGCUAUAAAUCAACUGUCUGAGUCUCCAGGGGUAAGAGUAUGUGCUGAUGAGACUAUCUGUGAUGUCUGCCGCCAUCCACAGGUCAUUGAGUAAAUCCGCGGCCGUGUUCUGGAGUGCCUGCAAUUUCAGAUGAACCUCAUGGGCUACAACUUAAGCUCUGCCCUGGAUGCCCAAGAUGAGGCUCUCAGCUACUUCAUUGUUGCUCAUCUUGUGCAAGAGACUCUGCUGUUGAUCUCAAGUCAAACCAAUGGCAGCUCCCCUGAAGUAGACUCAGGUUCCCACCAUCAACCUGAGAGUCAAACACCACUAUAUGUAGUGAGUAGCAAAGUAAAUUAUGAAGAAUGGCCCACGUGGCAUUCAAACAUCACUUUAUCAAAGGGCCUUUCCACCAUUUCUGCAACCAAGGGCUUGUCACCAAGGGCUUGCCUUUCCACUGUUUCUGCAACAAAGGGCCUAUCACAGAUGCCAGGUCAAACAUACACUGGCAGAAGGGGGCCCACAGUCCUGAGUGUGAAAAUAAAAAAGGUACAGUAGGUGCUUAUGCAGUAACAGAUUGGAAAUCCCCCAAACUCAGGCAAAUUCAAAUAUCAAUUUUAAUGUUUGACUUAAAAUGUCAUACACAUUAUUUUAUGCAGUUUUGUAGACAUUCUUUCACAGCUGAAGGAUUUAACCAUGCAUUUAUAUGUCAAUACAGCACUCACACAGAGGAAUUCAUAUCACACCGUCAGAAAGGAUAAUUCGGUUGAAGGAAAUGCAGAGGGAGUCAUCUUCUGAGGUCUCAUCAGGUUUGAACCAUGCAUUUGCGUUCAACAAGUGUACCUCUACUUCUUAAGGAAUUAUACUCUGGUAAAUUGUUGUGGAAAGUCCGUGUUGCCCAGCGACAGCCCCAAAACAUCACUGCUCUAGAGGAGAUCUGCAUGGAGGAAUGGGACAAAAUACCAGCAACAGUGUGUGAAAACCUUGUGAAGACUUACAGAAAACGUUUGACCUGUGUCAUUGCCAACAAAGGGUAUAUAACAAAGUAUUGAGAAACUUUUGUUAUUGACCAAAUACUUAUUUUCCACCAUAAUUUGCAAAUAAAUUCAUUAAAAAUCCUACACUGUGAUUUUCUGGACACGUCUGGCACUGCAGGAUUUGAGUCCCUGGCGGCGUAGUGUGUUACAGAUGGUAGGCUUUGUUACUUUGGUCCCAGCUCUCUGCAGGUCAUUCACUAGGUCCCCCCGUGUGGUUCUGGGAUUUUUGCUCACCGUUCUUGUGAUCAUUUUGACCCCACGGGGUGAGAUCUUGCGUGGAGCCCCAGAUCGAGGGAGAUUAUCAGUGGUCUUGUAUGUCUUCCAUUUCCUAAUAAUUGCUUCCACAGUUGAUUUCUUCAAACCAAGCUGCUUACCUAUUGCAGAUUCAGUCUUCCCAGCCUGGUGCAGGUCUACAAUUUUGUUUCUGGUGUCCUUUGACAGCUCUUUGGUCUUGGCCAUAGUGGAGUUUGGAGUGUGACUGUUUGAGGUUGUGGACAGGUGUCUUUUAUACUGAUAACAAGUUCAAACAGGUGCCAUUAAUACAGGUAACGAGUGGAGGACAGAGGAGCCUCUUAAAGAAGAAGUUACAGGUCUGUGAGAGCCAGAAAUCUUGCUUGUUUGUAGGUGACCAAAUACUUAUUUUCCACCAUAAUUUGCAAAUAAAUUCAUUAAAAAUCCUACAAUGUGAUUUUCCGGAAUUUUUUUCCUCAAUUUGUCUGUCAUAGUUGACGUGUACCUAUGAUGAAAAUUACAGGCCUCUCUCAUCUUUUUAAGUGGGAGAACUUGCACAAUUGGUGGCUGACUAAAUACUUUUUUCCCCCAUUGUAUUUCUGUACUUAACAUUUGCUAAAAGAAUUCUAAACAUGUUUUCACUUUGUCAUUACGGGGUAUUGUGUGUAGAUGCGUGAGGGAAAAAAAAACUAUUUAAUCAAUUUCGAAUUCAGGUUGUAACACACCAAAAUGUGAAAUAAGUCAAGGGGUAUGAAUACUUUCGGAAGGCACUGUAUAUUUUUAAAUGCUAUAAAAGGAAGAGCAAUUAGUGUGACAGAAAAAAUUAUACUUAUUUUCUUAGUAGUACAGUAGCUGCCACUCAAAUUUGAUAUAUUUUUAUAUAAUUAUUACGAGAUUGUCAUGUUCGUUUAAGGACGGGUCAAACCAAGGCGCAGCGUGAAAUGCAUACAUGUUUAUUUCAAUGAUAAACACACAACCAAAACAACAUAACGUGAAGUCCUCAGGCUAAACGCAACACAAGCCUCUAAACGGAACAAGAUCCCACAACUAAUGAGUGCCAACAGGCUACUUAAGUAUGAUCAGCGACAGCUGCCUCUGAUUGGGAAUCACACCCGGCCAAACAUAGAAACACACAACAUAGAAUGCAAACAUAGAAAUACUAACAUACAGUGGGGGAGAACAAGUAUUUGAUACACUGUCGAUUUUGCAGGUUUUCCUACUUACAAAGCAUGUAGAGGUCUGUCAUUUUUAUAAUAGGUACACUUCAACUGUGAGAGACAGAAUCUAAAACAAAAAUCCAGAAAAUCACAUAGUAUGAUUUUUAAGUAAUUAAUUUGCAUUUUAUUGCAUGACAUAAGUAUUUGAUCACCUACCAACCAGUAAGACUUCCGGCUCUCACAGACCUGUUAGUUUUUCUUUAAGAAGCCCUCCUGUUCGCCACUCAUUACCUGUAUUAACUGCACCUGUUUGAACUCGUUACCUGUAUAAAAGACACCUGUCCACACACUCAAUCAAACAGACUCCAACCUCUCCACAAUGACCAAAGACCAGAGAGCUGUGUAAGGACAUCAGGGAUAAAAUUGUAGACCUGCACAAGGCUGGGAUGGGCUACAGUCCCAAAGGUGCGGACUCCGACCGCACAAACCUUACAUAACAGGGUAGGGUCCGGGUGGCCAUUCCGCCUCGGAGGCGGAUCCGGCUCCGGGCGUGAUGACCACAUUCUCUCAGCCUCCCCGUUGCGCCCCUGGUCUGGUCUGGACCUCUGCGCGCUGCUUCCCCUCUCCUUCCUCCCACGAUGUACCAAGCCCUGUCUGGACCCUGGUAUGGGAGACCCCGAACCUGGAGAGGGGCUGACGUCUGGGUCUGGACUGGAGCCGCUGACCAGAGCUGGACUUGGCACCGGUGGAGCGGACUGCUCUGGCUCCGGAGUGGAGCUGCUGACCGGAGCUGAACUUGGCACCGGUGGAGCGGACUGCUCUAGCUCCGGAGUGGAGCAGCUGACCGGAGCUGGACUAGACCCCGGUGGAGCGGACUGCUCUGGCUCCGGAGUGGAGCAGCUGACCGGAGUUGGAUCAGGCACCGGUGGAGCGGACUGCUCUGGCUCCGGAGUGGAGCCGCUGACCGGAGCUGGACUAGGUACCGGUGGAGCGGACUACUCUAGCUCCGGAGUGGAGCAGCUGACCGGAGCUGGACUGGUCCCCAGUGGAGCGGACUGCUCUGGCUCCGGAGUGGAGCAGCUGACCGGAGCUGGAUCAGGCACCGGUGGAGCGGACUGCUCUGGCUCCGGAGUGGAGCAGCUGACCGUUGCCGGACCAGGCACCGGUGGAACAGGCACGCACUGGUUACUUCUGGAGGUGUCCAAAGUAACCAGCAAGAUUGGGGCUAUCUAUCACACCAAUAGUGUCAAUCACACUGAUAGUCCAAUCUCACCCGGCCCCAGAACGGACACGAAUGUUUCUUGGGUGUCCUGUGCAGCCUCAGACAUCUCUGAAGAUCUUGUCCUCAGAAUCCUAGACUUCAUAUCAUACUGUCGGUCACCAGACAGCACCUGGAAUGGGCCACAGAGCCGAUGCUCCACUGACAUGACCGGAGAUCUCAUGGAUGCAGUCAUGGUGGAGCUCUUCACUAACACAGCCAUGCUGGCGACUCCAGAAGAUGACCACCAGCAACAAUGGUGCAAACCCUCCCUUACAGAUCUGGAGAAAGCUGCCAGAUUAGUGUAUGAGAAGAUGGUGAGGGAAACUGGCUCAGCUGAGGCAUUGCAAGACGCUCUCAAGCUCAGAAGGAAGCUUGCAGUCACAGCACUGGCUGAUGUAGUGGCAAAGCAAGUGUACAAGCUCUUCCCAGAACAGGAGUCAGACUCCACAUAUCUCCCAGCCCAAACCAGCCACAAAGAUGACUGCCCUGUUACGAGCCACAGUAACAGACAGCUCACACCUGAGCUUGCUGCUGUUCAAUCUGCCAGUGAGUGCAUAGUGAACUGCAAGGCUGUGUGGGAGAUCAUCUCCAGACUGCUGCAGGAGAUUUCUCCUAACGUGCCCAUGGAAGAGAAGCGCCACCUUUAUGCUCAGGAUCUUUUUCAUUGUGCUAUAAAUCAACUGUCUGAGUCUCCAGGGGUAAGAGUAUGUGCUGAUGAGACUAUCUGUGAUGUCUGCCGCCAUCCACAGGUCAUUGAGUAAAUCCGCGGCCGUGUUCUGGAGUGCCUGCAAUUUCAGAUGAACCUCAUGGGCUACAACUUAAGCUCUGCCCUGGAUGCCCAAGAUGAGGCUCUCAGCUACUUCAUUGUUGCUCAUCUUGUGCAAGAGACUCUGCUGUUGAUCUCAAGUCAAACCAAUGGCAGCUCCCCUGAAGUAGACUCAGGUUCCCACCAUCAACCUGAGAGUCAAACACCACUAUAUGUAGUGAGUAGCAAAGUAAAUUAUGAAGAAUGGCCCACGUGGCAUUCAAACAUCACUUUAUCAAAGGGCCUUUCCACCAUUUCUGCAACCAAGGGCUUGUCACCAAGGGCUUGCCUUUCCACUGUUUCUGCAACAAAGGGCCUAUCACAGAUGCCAGGUCAAACAUACACUGGCAGAAGGGGGCCCACAGUCCUGAGUGUGAAAAUAAAAAAGGUACAGUAGGUGCUUAUGCAGUAACAGAUUGGAAAUCCCCCAAACUCAGGCAAAUUCAAAUAUCAAUUUUAAUGUUUGACUUAAAAUGUCAUACACAUUAUUUUAUGCAGUUUUGUAGACAUUCUUUCACAGCUGAAGGAUUUAACCAUGCAUUUAUAUGUCAAUACAGCACUCACACAGAGGAAUUCAUAUCACACCGUCAGAAAGGAUAAUUCGGUUGAAGGAAAUGCAGAGGGAGUCAUCUUCUGAGGUCUCAUCAGGUUUGAACCAUGCAUUUGCGUUCAACAAGUGUACCUCUACUUCUUAAGGAAUUAUACUCUGGUAAAUUGUUGUGGAAAGUCCGUGUUGCCCAGCGACAGCCCCAAAACAUCACUGCUCUAGAGGAGAUCUGCAUGGAGGAAUGGGACAAAAUACCAGCAACAGUGUGUGAAAACCUUGUGAAGACUUACAGAAAACGUUUGACCUGUGUCAUUGCCAACAAAGGGUAUAUAACAAAGUAUUGAGAAACUUUUGUUAUUGACCAAAUACUUAUUUUCCACCAUAAUUUGCAAAUAAAUUCAUUAAAAAUCCUACACUGUGAUUUUCUGGACACGUCUGGCACUGCAGGAUUUGAGUCCCUGGCGGCGUAGUGUGUUACAGAUGGUAGGCUUUGUUACUUUGGUCCCAGCUCUCUGCAGGUCAUUCACUAGGUCCCCCCGUGUGGUUCUGGGAUUUUUGCUCACCGUUCUUGUGAUCAUUUUGACCCCACGGGGUGAGAUCUUGCGUGGAGCCCCAGAUCGAGGGAGAUUAUCAGUGGUCUUGUAUGUCUUCCAUUUCCUAAUAAUUGCUUCCACAGUUGAUUUCUUCAAACCAAGCUGCUUACCUAUUGCAGAUUCAGUCUUCCCAGCCUGGUGCAGGUCUACAAUUUUGUUUCUGGUGUCCUUUGACAGCUCUUUGGUCUUGGCCAUAGUGGAGUUUGGAGUGUGACUGUUUGAGGUUGUGGACAGGUGUCUUUUAUACUGAUAACAAGUUCAAACAGGUGCCAUUAAUACAGGUAACGAGUGGAGGACAGAGGAGCCUCUUAAAGAAGAAGUUACAGGUCUGUGAGAGCCAGAAAUCUUGCUUGUUUGUAGGUGACCAAAUACUUAUUUUCCACCAUAAUUUGCAAAUAAAUUCAUUAAAAAUCCUACAAUGUGAUUUUCCGGAAUUUUUUUCCUCAAUUUGUCUGUCAUAGUUGACGUGUACCUAUGAUGAAAAUUACAGGCCUCUCUCAUCUUUUUAAGUGGGAGAACUUGCACAAUUGGUGGCUGACUAAAUACUUUUUUCCCCCAUUGUAUUUCUGUACUUAACAUUUGCUAAAAGAAUUCUAAACAUGUUUUCACUUUGUCAUUACGGGGUAUUGUGUGUAGAUGCGUGAGGGAAAAAAAAACUAUUUAAUCAAUUUCGAAUUCAGGUUGUAACACACCAAAAUGUGAAAUAAGUCAAGGGGUAUGAAUACUUUCGGAAGGCACUGUAUAUUUUUAAAUGCUAUAAAAGGAAGAGCAAUUAGUGUGACAGAAAAAAUUAUACUUAUUUUCUUAGUAGUACAGUAGCUGCCACUCAAAUUUGAUAUAUUUUUAUAUAAUUAUUACGAGAUUGUCAUGUUCGUUUAAGGACGGGUCAAACCAAGGCGCAGCGUGAAAUGCAUACAUGUUUAUUUCAAUGAUAAACACACAACCAAAACAACAUAACGUGAAGUCCUCAGGCUAAACGCAACACAAGCCUCUAAACGGAACAAGAUCCCACAACUAAUGAGUGCCAACAGGCUACUUAAGUAUGAUCAGCGACAGCUGCCUCUGAUUGGGAAUCACACCCGGCCAAACAUAGAAACACACAACAUAGAAUGCAAACAUAGAAAUACUAACAUACAGUGGGGGAGAACAAGUAUUUGAUACACUGUCGAUUUUGCAGGUUUUCCUACUUACAAAGCAUGUAGAGGUCUGUCAUUUUUAUAAUAGGUACACUUCAACUGUGAGAGACAGAAUCUAAAACAAAAAUCCAGAAAAUCACAUAGUAUGAUUUUUAAGUAAUUAAUUUGCAUUUUAUUGCAUGACAUAAGUAUUUGAUCACCUACCAACCAGUAAGACUUCCGGCUCUCACAGACCUGUUAGUUUUUCUUUAAGAAGCCCUCCUGUUCGCCACUCAUUACCUGUAUUAACUGCACCUGUUUGAACUCGUUACCUGUAUAAAAGACACCUGUCCACACACUCAAUCAAACAGACUCCAACCUCUCCACAAUGACCAAAGACCAGAGAGCUGUGUAAGGACAUCAGGGAUAAAAUUGUAGACCUGCACAAGGCUGGGAUGGGCUACAGUCCCAAAGGUGCGGACUCCGACCGCACAAACCUUACAUAACAGGGUAGGGUCCGGGUGGCCAUUCCGCCUCGGAGGCGGAUCCGGCUCCGGGCGUGAUGACCACAUUCUCUCAGCCUCCCCGUUGCGCCCCUGGUCUGGUCUGGACCUCUGCGCGCUGCUUCCCCUCUCCUUCCUCCCACGAUGUACCAAGCCCUGUCUGGACCCUGGUAUGGGAGACCCCGAACCUGGAGAGGGGCUGACGUCUGGGUCUGGACUGGAGCCGCUGACCAGAGCUGGACUUGGCACCGGUGGAGCGGACUGCUCUGGCUCCGGAGUGGAGCUGCUGACCGGAGCUGAACUUGGCACCGGUGGAGCGGACUGCUCUAGCUCCGGAGUGGAGCAGCUGACCGGAGCUGGACUAGACCCCGGUGGAGCGGACUGCUCUGGCUCCGGAGUGGAGCAGCUGACCGGAGUUGGAUCAGGCACCGGUGGAGCGGACUGCUCUGGCUCCGGAGUGGAGCCGCUGACCGGAGCUGGACUAGGUACCGGUGGAGCGGACUACUCUAGCUCCGGAGUGGAGCAGCUGACCGGAGCUGGACUGGUCCCCAGUGGAGCGGACUGCUCUGGCUCCGGAGUGGAGCAGCUGACCGGAGCUGGAUCAGGCACCGGUGGAGCGGACUGCUCUGGCUCCGGAGUGGAGCAGCUGACCGUUGCCGGACCAGGCACCGGUGGAACAGGCACGCACUGGUUACUUCUGGAGGUGUCCAAAGUAACCAGCAAGAUUGGGGCUAUCUAUCACACCAAUAGUGUCAAUCACACUGAUAGUCCAAUCUCACCCGGCCCCAGAACGGACACGAAUGUUUCUUGGGUGUCCUGUGCAGCCUCAGACAUCUCUGAAGAUCUUGUCCUCAGAAUCCUAGACUUCAUAUCAUACUGUCGGUCACCAGACAGCACCUGGAAUGGGCCACAGAGCCGAUGCUCCACUGACAUGACCGGAGAUCUCAUGGAUGCAGUCAUGGUGGAGCUCUUCACUAACACAGCCAUGCUGGCGACUCCAGAAGAUGACCACCAGCAACAAUGGUGCAAACCCUCCCUUACAGAUCUGGAGAAAGCUGCCAGAUUAGUGUAUGAGAAGAUGGUGAGGGAAACUGGCUCAGCUGAGGCAUUGCAAGACGCUCUCAAGCUCAGAAGGAAGCUUGCAGUCACAGCACUGGCUGAUGUAGUGGCAAAGCAAGUGUACAAGCUCUUCCCAGAACAGGAGUCAGACUCCACAUAUCUCCCAGCCCAAACCAGCCACAAAGAUGACUGCCCUGUUACGAGCCACAGUAACAGACAGCUCACACCUGAGCUUGCUGCUGUUCAAUCUGCCAGUGAGUGCAUAGUGAACUGCAAGGCUGUGUGGGAGAUCAUCUCCAGACUGCUGCAGGAGAUUUCUCCUAACGUGCCCAUGGAAGAGAAGCGCCACCUUUAUGCUCAGGAUCUUUUUCAUUGUGCUAUAAAUCAACUGUCUGAGUCUCCAGGGGUAAGAGUAUGUGCUGAUGAGACUAUCUGUGAUGUCUGCCGCCAUCCACAGGUCAUUGAGUAAAUCCGCGGCCGUGUUCUGGAGUGCCUGCAAUUUCAGAUGAACCUCAUGGGCUACAACUUAAGCUCUGCCCUGGAUGCCCAAGAUGAGGCUCUCAGCUACUUCAUUGUUGCUCAUCUUGUGCAAGAGACUCUGCUGUUGAUCUCAAGUCAAACCAAUGGCAGCUCCCCUGAAGUAGACUCAGGUUCCCACCAUCAACCUGAGAGUCAAACACCACUAUAUGUAGUGAGUAGCAAAGUAAAUUAUGAAGAAUGGCCCACGUGGCAUUCAAACAUCACUUUAUCAAAGGGCCUUUCCACCAUUUCUGCAACCAAGGGCUUGUCACCAAGGGCUUGCCUUUCCACUGUUUCUGCAACAAAGGGCCUAUCACAGAUGCCAGGUCAAACAUACACUGGCAGAAGGGGGCCCACAGUCCUGAGUGUGAAAAUAAAAAAGGUACAGUAGGUGCUUAUGCAGUAACAGAUUGGAAAUCCCCCAAACUCAGGCAAAUUCAAAUAUCAAUUUUAAUGUUUGACUUAAAAUGUCAUACACAUUAUUUUAUGCAGUUUUGUAGACAUUCUUUCACAGCUGAAGGAUUUAACCAUGCAUUUAUAUGUCAAUACAGCACUCACACAGAGGAAUUCAUAUCACACCGUCAGAAAGGAUAAUUCGGUUGAAGGAAAUGCAGAGGGAGUCAUCUUCUGA